GGAAUGCCAGCCCUUUCUCCCCGGCUGCUUUCUCGUGAGCAGCUAUCCUUGGUGGUGUGGUGAAAUCCGUCCAAAACCAAACGAUCAGCCAGCCACGGUCUCUCCCCGGGUUCAUCCGCAAGAUGUACACCAUCCAGGAGCUCCCUCCCGAUCAACGCAUCGUCUCGGCCCAACGACAUCGAAGCCUGCUGUAUUAUGUCGCUGCGGCCGCAGGAUGGACCUUCAACCUGUAUUUGGUCGUCCGCCUCGUUCUGUGCUUCUCCUCCGUGGAACAGAAUUGGCGCAUCUGGGGAACCUUGUUGGUUGAAGCCAUUGUCGCGGACGUGUUGCGUCGUGAUCAGCGGCUCACCCUGUCCGCGGGCCCCGCGUCGCGCAGCCAGCCCCGUCCGCGACUGCGUUUGCACGGCACCGACCAGCUGCCCCAGGUCGAUGUACUCGUGCCCUGCUGCGGCGAGCCGGUGGACGUCAUUCUCGACACCGUGCGAGCCGCGUGUCGGAUGGAUUAUCCCAUCGCCAAGUUCCGCGUCCUGGUGAUGGAUGAUGGGGCCUCCAGCGCCUUGGAGGCCGCCGUGGCGGCGCUGCGCCUCGAUCUGCCUCACCUUUUCUACCACACCCGGGGGAAGCAAUCCGGCAAGGUCUUUGCCAAGGCGGGCAACCUCAAUUACGCCCUUUUCUCCCUCCAGGACAAGGUGCAGCCCGAGUUUUGCGUCAUUUUCGAUGCCGACUCCAUUCCGAUGCCGGAUUUCCUGCGCGCCACGCUGCCCCAUUUACUUCGCAACCCGGACACUGCGUUACUGACCACCCGGCAGUACUUUUACAACCUGCCCGCGGGAGACCCCCUGUCCCAGUCCCGCCUCCACUUCUACAGCUGUGAGAACGCGGAGCUCGAUCGUCGUGGCGUGGCCCGGGAUGCAGGCUCGGGGGCCGUGUUCCGGCGACAAGCCAUCAUCGAUGCGGGCGGCUAUCCCACGUAUUCCUUUUCCGAGGACUGGCAGCUCUCGCUCGUGCUGCAGGGUCUGGGUCAACGCACCAUCCAAAUUCAAGAGCCGUUGCAAUACGGGCUGGUUCCGACGUCUCUCGAUGGACACAUCGCCCAACGCAACCGCUGGAACAUUGGGCAUUCCCAACAACUUCGGGCCCUUUUUUCGCCCACCAACCGGACUCUUCCCCGUCCGCUGCAGUGGUCGAUUGCCUGGAAUGGACUUUCGAUCCUGGCGGGGGUCGCGGGCUGUCUGGUUGCGUUUGGGGCGGUCCCAUUGCUUUUGGUGUCGGGCCCGCUGAUCCCGGACGCUGCGCCGCGGUUGGCCAGAACCCAGUUUUUCCUGGCUGUCCUCCACGUCGCUUUGACCUGGGCGUAUGACCUUUUGCAAAGUGCACACACCGGGUUCGAAAGUGCGCCAUUUGCUCGCUUGGAGAAUACCUGGCUGGCCGGAGCCCAUCUCCACGCCGUCCUCCGGUUCCAUCUCCUCGCCAGCCGCCCCAAGGGCUCCUUCGUGACCGGAAGCAGUGCCAACUCCUGGAACCGCCGCGCGACCCCGUCCUCCCUCCAGAAGCUCUACCACAACCUCUGGCACAACGGCAUCGCCUACAGCAUCGUCCUGCUGAUCGCGACCCUUGGCUCCAUGCUGCUGGCCGUCCGCGCCGGCCUCGCCACCCCGACCCCGGAUCGCCUCCUGCGCUUGCUCACCACCGUGGCCUGGCCCCCGAUGCUGCACAUCUGCUAUCUCUCCGUGCUCAGUUACUGGGCGCCCAUCGCCUACCUCCUGAACCCGCCUCAGUAUCGAGAGCGCAAAGAUGGACUGACACGGUCGCAGUCGGGCGUGGCCCUGCCCACGUCGGAGGUGCAACGGGAGGUGCUGCUGGGGACUCCCCCGGUCGGGUUUUAUCGUCGGUGUGUGGUGGUCACGAUGGUUUUGGGUGGGUUGGUGGUUGCAGGAUUGGCGUUGUAGAUGCGUAGAUACAUUGGGUUCGAUUCAAUGUCAAAUCAUUAAGUGAGAUUCAUUCAAGGUUAGAUACAUGAUAUUAAUCUUUCCUCCCCAUCAUAGACUAUAUAUUUCAAAUUACACCUGGACAGCAG